GGAAGAUGCGCUGGACCUUCGCAAUAGCGCUCGUUGAAGCAACACGAGGAAGUGGAAAAGUUACGGCGCGUGAAGUUUCCGCAUCAUGUGGAUAAACUGGCGCCACCCAGCUGGGAAUGCUCAAAACAAUGUGACGUCAGAGCCGUUGCAUUUGUUCCCAUGGCAACGGACAACAAACAUUGAGCUCCCACGGUCAGCCUGCAACUCAAACGCUACUUUCUUCUCGAAAGCUGUGACAACAACAAGAACAGCACGGAACCAUGAUGUUGGCAUCCAGCUCCACAAAUUCAAGGAGCAGCACGCUGACGCGCCGGUACCGCACACGGGCCGCCACCUCCGAGGUGGAUGAAACUCUGUUCGCGAGCCAAAAGCCAAUGCCGGCCGGCGGACGUGGAAAGCAAGCAUCGAAAGCUAAGGAGAACCCAGCAAAGAACCAGGACGGAAAGACGGUUCAAAUAAUUACAAAGGACCUCAUUCGCAAUCUCAGGAUCCCACAGACGGAUCCUUCUGGACAGUCGGUCAUUCUCCCAUUGGUUGAGUUUGAGCGAAUCACCCACGCAUCCAAGGCUCUUGAGAAGGAAGAGAGAGAGGCCUUGAUGGACGCGUACAACCGAAAGAAAGAAGAGGAAAUUAACGCGUCAGAGGAAAGAAAGCGUCAGAUGUAUUUGGCAGAUCUGUCCCGUGAACAGAACCCGGCGCUGACCGAGCUGGAGCUGGAGGCUCGGGACCGAACGCAGCGCUUACUGGAGCGGGCCAGUACCCUGAGGAUGGAGCAAGAAGACGAGAUCAAGCAGCUGAACAAGCUGAUUCUCAGUGCUCAGUGUCAAGCCACGCGGGACACGCAGAUCCAGGAGAAGAAACUGAUCCAAGCGGAGCUUUUGGAGGAGGAGAAGCGUCUGGACGCCAUGAUGGAGGUGGAGCGCCGCAAGGCCUUGGAGACCGUGGAGCAGAUCGACGAGCUGCGCAAACAGCAGAGGAUCAGCGGGAUGCAGCAAAUCUGCGGGCAGAUCCGGCAGCGCGAGGAGGAGAAGCAACUGCAGGACGAGCUGAAAGAGCAGGAGAGGCGGCAAAUACGAGAGAACCAGGAGAGAAUGAAUGAGGAGGACCUGAAGGCCCUCGAGAAGAAGAGAGCAGAGCAGCAAUAUCUGCACGAAGAGGUCAUGCACAUCAAUGCUGAGACCAUGAGGGCGAAGGAGAAGAGGAGAGAGGAGGAGAAACUGGCUGACAUGAGGGAUAUGGAGUACAUCCAGAAGAAAAUGGAGCGUGAGGCUGAAUAUGAGGCGAAGCAGAGGAGAAUCAAGAAAGACAAGGAGCUGGAGAUUGCCAGGCUCAGAGCCCAGCAGGAGCGAGCCAAGGACUACAAGGCGGAGCAGGAUGAGCUCCGCGCGCGGCGGAACCAAGAAAUCAAUGACAGAAAAUGGAGGCUGAAGGAGAAGGAGCAGGCGGAGAGGAGGGCGCAGGAGGAGGCCACGCUGAGGGCGGCUCGGCUGGAGCAGGUCCACCACAAGGAGCACAUGCUGUCCAUGGAGGCGGGCAGGGAGAAGGCGGAGUUCGAGCGGGUGCUGAGGGCGCAGCAGGAGACGGCGUCCAGGCAGAAGGAGGCGGAGGAGAAGCAGCACCGCAGGGCGCAGCGGCACGCGGACGCCCUGCGGCAGCAGAUGCGGGAGCGGGAGCUCUGCGCCGCGGCGCAGCGCAGGGAGACGUUCCAGGAGGCCGAUCAGCUGACGGAGCAGGCGCGGCAGCGGCAGACGCGCCUCCACGAGAUCCGGGAGAAGAAGCUCCAGGAGCUCCGGUGCGUGUCUACUGGGAUUUCUGAGAAAUACUGCGGUGAAGUGGAGCGCAGAGCCGGAGGCUGCACACUCACAACCCGCCCGUGAGCAGCUUCACGUCGGACGGAUUCAACUUGAACAUACUUUUACUAGAAUGUACCAAUAAAGGUUUGUGGAACAAAAACGCUCUCACAGGAGACUGGGUACAAUGUUUUGUUUUUAUUUAGGCUAGUAUUUCCCUUUCACUGGAGUCAUAUUCUUCCACUUAUCAAUGACAGAUCCCCUUUAUUCAUAUGCAUGACAACGGAAAGGAAUUUAACUUAUGUUGGGGUUAGGAUGACACUUUACACACACACAGCUCGAAGCAUGUAAGGAAGUUAAGUACAUCAAGGUAAAUACAGGCUCUUAUUUCAAACCCUUCUUGACAAACAACUGGAUGUACUGAGACCUAUUUCUUCAUCAUAACCAUCUAAACACACAACCUACAGGAGUGCUUAUGGAUCUAAUAAAGUUGUCAUUAGGACACCAACUGUUCCACCAGCCUGUCUCCUUUGUUCGUACAGUUAGGAAACAGGACAGGGGAGUGGGUGGAGGACAGGUGGGAGGGGUCUUCAUCUAAAAAGUUUCAUUUCAUCAUUUUAACAUCUGUACACGCCAGAAAAAAAAACGUUAUGGUGACCGAGGGAAACAUUACAACACCUGGCAUACACAGACCUCAGUGCGAGGAAGUUUCAGAGUAAAUACACACACACACACACUCACACACUCACACACAUCACGGUUAAGGGGUUGAGGAUCCUGGGGUUUGGUAGCCUUGGUCCCUCCCUUGCACAUUCACAGAUACAGUCUCGCACAAGCACUGUACACGGCACAAGAGGUCACCUAAGUACAUGGAGCCAAUGAAAGAGCGCUAACAUCUAGGAGGGUGGAUUGAGAGCCCAGUACAGGCUGAACAAGGUUUAAAUUCUUAUUUAGACCAGCAGGUCACACAAACACACCUUCAUUCACACAGUGACAUACAUCUGUAUGCAUUUAAAACUCCAUAAAGCUACACGCCUGUGCAGAAUAUACUAUCAUUACUUAGUGUUGCUAGCUAUAGCCACUGAAAUGGCAAUAUAUGUUCAAAUAUUAUAUGUAACCUUUUUUCCUCAGAAUAUACAAUGAUGAAAUGCAUUAUACAGACAAACGAGACAAUGUCAGCUGUUCACAUGUUCAGUACAUCAAACGUAAGAGCUUGUCUACAUUAAUUUCUUCACAAGUGCAAAAUCCAAUGCUCCUCCACCUACUUCAAAGGUUCAUUGCUAAGCUUUAGCAAGUCCACGUCUGCACAAACCAUAAAACAAUAAAAAAACAAACAAACAAAAAAAAAA